AUGGAUCAGUUUCUGUGUGAUGGAUGGCUGCAUCUGACGAUAGGCUCGGGCUCAUUGGAGAUAAAGAUCAAAAUGAAACAUGCUGUGGAGCAUGUGGCCUAUAUUGAUAUAGAUCUGCCUGACAAUUGUAAGAAGCAUAUAAGGUUGCAUGCAUGCAAUCAGACUCCAGGAGAGAUCUGGUGGCACAUCCUGCGCACGGAACUCCAGGGACAGUCUGCAUCUGAAGUAGAGCUCCCAUUUCAUUCGAAGGCUGUGUAUUACUAUUGGCACCUCGUUAGCAGGCAGGAAUGGAAGAAAGCAGAUGACCCACUUGAAUCAGCAAGACUGUUCAUAGAGAAACAUGGCGAGGAGCAUAAUAUCGCAUUGCUAGAUGUGAAGGCUGCUCCAGGAAUGCAAGUGCUCGCAUUUCAAGUCAAAGACUUUGUAGCAGAGUGGCGUCGAAUACACAGGAGCUUGCUAUGGACUCAACCUGUAUGCUUAUGGAAUACCAAUGCUGCGAACUUUGAGCUAUUUAGUGCAGUAGCAGAUGCGAGGGGGUUCAGCAUUCCUCUCGCAUUCUUGCUCAUGUCAAUGAGUGCAGAGGCAAAGGAAGGAGUGAAGGAGGAAGUUUCAAAGAACUUCUUGAAACAUCUUAAAGGACUUGGCGUGGAUCCUGAGUUCAUGCUCACGGACAAGGAUUGGUCUGAGAUAAACGCGAUGCAUGCCACAUGGUCCAGAGUGAAGCAUCAACUAUGCUUCUGGCAUGCUUUUCGUGCAUUGAAGCAGCGCUUGGCGAAGAAUAAGGACACACCUGCUUUUUACGAUGUCUCCGAGGCACGAAAGGAAUUUCCAUACAUCAAAGCGGACUUCAUGCCCUACAUGCAAUAUGUGCCGUGUGAACUGUCUGAAGCAGGGCCGCAUACAAAGCAAGCUGACUAUGCAUUCUGUCCAGCUAAAAGGACGUCAGCAGAUAUACGAAGAGAUGUGGUGAAGGAGAUGUGUCUUCAUUGUGAGGUCAAUAACCUCUGUGAGAUAUGGGCCUAUCUCUGGAACUCAUGGUAUUCACGAUCACGCUGGCCUCUGUGGGCACGAUCUGCUUACGGCACAAGCAUUCCGUGUAAGCAAACAACUAUGAUGGUCGAAGCACUGUGGCAAAAUCUCAAGUGCCUCAUUCUGCAUCUCUAUAAUCGCUCUCCGAUUGACCUCGCGGUUCACGCUAUCAUCACCAAAGCACUACCGCCCUAUCGGAAGGUCAUCCACGUGCACUAA